AUUGUUGUUCUUCCUGCCUGGCGGAGGGAACGGACGGUGCUGAGCUUGACGGCUGGGAGGACGAGCUGAUCAACAAGAAAGCAUUAGGGAGAGAAAAAGGAGAGGGAAAGGCCCAGGGUUCCACCGUCCAUAGGGAAAAGCCACCCAUAGUUUGCAAUUGUUUAAUUUGUAAUCAAAUUCGGUUAAAAUGUCGACCAGUCGUCAGCUUAGCGAGAGCAGGGCCAUUCCUACUAGGACGGUGUUGAUUAACGAUACAACGCAGCUACCUCAUGACUAUUGCACCACUCCUGGAGGCACUUUAUUUUCAACCACUCCGGGAGGCACUCGAAUAAUUUACGACCGUAAAUUCCUACUGGACCGUCGUAAUUCCCCCAUUGCCCAAACUCCCCCGGCCCAUCUGCCUGUUAUCCCGGGGGUGACCAGCCAAAAUGUCCUGAGUGAGAACAGAAAGAAUGAAGCAAAUAACCAUAUCAAGAACCAUGAUGGCAAGCCAGCCAAUGGUGAAGACUCUCAGUUUGAGAUGGACAUCUAAAGCUGAGGAACCAGACCAGAACAAGAAAAUGACCUGGCACUUGUGCCAGUGGCUUGGCUUUUAGAAACUCAUGUUGUGAGCCCCUCACAGCAGCCUUCAUCUACAGCAGCCUUCAUCUUUAGCUCUCUGUCUUGCUGCUGGUUGUGAUACGUGUAAACAAUAAUAAUAUAGUACAGUGUGCUGUACAUUAGGGCCAACUCUGGAAACUGUUAAAGGUUAGGUUUCUGGUUUUCAACAAGCUGUAUUUAUCAACCAAACUAUAAGGGUCUAGAUACCCUUAUAGUUUAAGUAUAGUAUAAGUACCCCCCUACUGUCCAAAUUAACUGUUGUUUUUGCCCAAUAACCAUUAUGUCACUCAGAAUCUUUACCAGAGCACACUGUAAAACUGGCCACUGAUGAUAUGGAUUAGCCCCAUGGACCCAUCCGAAACUAUACUUUGGAUAACAAAGUACUGGCCUUAGAAUCAGGAUUAGUGUGUACCACAAUUUUUAUAGUCACUGAUGAUCUUCUUUAACAAAUAUUGUUUGGGUGUAAUCUUUUGCUAUAAAGUACUUGAAUUGCUCCAA